UAUAUAUGUCAUAGCCUAUCAUGUGUUCACUGCUGAUCUGUAUAUAAACUAGCAGAAGUUAUAAUGUACAACAAGAAAUAUUUAAGUUUUUCCUGCAAUUACGUGAUAUCGGAUAGAACGAAUUAGUUGUACUAAUGUAUUAUUUUAACUAUAGUUCUCGUGAUUAUUAAAUAUAAUUCGUUGGGUCUAUGUGAUCGUGAUCCAACCUAAUUCUUUCAUCUCUCAUUUGUUCCUUCGAUGCGAAUUAAAUAAAUAGGAAAAAUGCUUAGACAACCGUUUGUAACAAAAAUGAUCACGAUAUGUCGCGGAAAAUCGGUUUCGUUCUUUUCUACUGAAGGAGAUAUUCAUAACAUACUGGCAACACAUUUACAAGUCGAUCAGAAGGCAAUCGAAAAAUUGUAUAAAAUUAAAGCAGUCAGUAUUAUAACGAAAAUACCGACGAAACAACUUAUUCAGAAUUGUGCAAUACUGCAAAAUAUGCAAGUGAACUUAGAAGAAAUUGAAUAUCUGGCCCACUGCUUGAUGAUCCAGCCUAUGGUGAUGAGGAAUCGGAUUUCUAUACUUAAAGAAAUGGGAGUGGAGUCUGUAGAAUUGCAGCACAUUUACCGAUUUCCAGGAUCCAUGCGCAAGUCGGUCACCAAGUUCAUGGAAUCCCACAAUAUUCCAGCUAAAGAAAGCUAUUUCGAAAGUGUGUUCAGUAAUAUAGGUGUAAAGAUAGAUAAUAGUAACACAGAUACAAAAAUGUUGAACAACAAGAUGAGAAUGGGAGACUACUAUGCGACCUGUAUGAUAUACUAUAAGAAGCAUCAUCUGAAACUGUACGAUGACACGUUUCAUAGAAAUAAAAGAAUGAAAUAUUUGAGCUUCGCGGAGCUGUCCAGAUUACUGAAGAUACUGAAGCACAAGUGUAAACUCAAUGACACAUUUUUAAAAGAGAAUCCUUACCUCCUACAUUUGGAUCUGGAUAAAGUCGAGAAGUUUUUAUCCGAGUUAAAAUCCGUUCGGAUAAGCGGCAAAAACAUAAUGGACGUGAUAAAACAACAUCCUCGUGUUCUGUUUUACGAGCCGAAGAAAGUGAAAGAGUUGUUGCAACUGUGCAAAACAUUAGGCGUGCCUGACCGCACGAUAGCCUCCUACAUACAUGUUCUGGGCAUGGAUAAAGGGACGUUCCUUGAAAGAUACAUGCAAAUCGCGAAUCAGUUCGAGUUGGGCGUGUGGCUGCAGCAUUCGCGUGUACUGUGCAUGAUAUAUUCUUAUAAGUUAGUCUCGAAUCGCGUGAAUUAUCUCAGGCCGUUGAGCUACAUUAACAAUGCGAAUAUUAAUACGUAUCUGGCGGAAAAGAGAUUCUUUCUAAGAUUCGUGGAAGGCGAGAUCCAUCAUACGGCUGUAAGAAAGUUUCUUCUAUACGUUUUACGAAAAGAAUUGGGAGAGGAUAAAGUAUAUUUGAUAAAUUCUAUUGAGAGGCAUCCUUAUUGGAAACAUAUUCCGUUGAUGCAUAUCGAUCAAAUGUUACGGUUUUUAAAGAAGAAUUUUACGGUCGAGGACAUAUGCUUGAAUAUACAUGUGAUACUCUAUCCACGGUCCAAAGUUGUGGAAGUACUGAAUUUGAUAUACGAGAAUUAUUCGCAGCAAAAGGGAUAUAAUUUCACUCCCACGCAGUACUUGGCAAUGUGCUUGUACAAACUAGAGAAGAAAUACCAUUUUACCGGUGACGCGGUUUGGCAGACGGUGCAUAAUGAGAUAUCCGAUUUGAAUCCGCAUCUGUUCGAGGAUAUAAAACCAAACGAAUCCGACAGUCUCGUAAAAUAUAUAAACGAGAACGAUAACGAAAUGGUGAAUGUAAGCGGUGCGGCGUGGCUCGAAUAUCUGCUGCAAUCGCGUUGAGCAUACACAUAGGAAAUUGUAUAUAUUUUAUUACAAUAAACUGCUGAUGUUUUGCGGUUAUUUAUUAAUGUA